UGUGAAGCUCACUCUGUUUCUGCUUGAUAUUACCAGUGGACUCUUUGGAUCUGACUCCAGAGGUUCAGGCAUGAGGGGUUACACUGCUGCUGGGGGUAGGGCUUAGAAUACCCUUAUGUCCACCUGGCUCUUUGCUGGAUUUGAUCUGGAGAUGGAGACCCUCAAGGAGGCAGCAGGUAGGAACUGGCGGCCUCACCUCAGGAUGGAGUCAGGAAUCCCCUAGAGUGAUUGUUUCUUAACAGCCUAGAGAAGACAGAGAUUGCUACCCUCCCACCCUUCCACUCACUAUCUCCAUCCAACUGCACUUCCAACCCUGGGAGAAGAGCCAUCGGCUGACAGCCUCUGGCUGAGCAUGGCCCUCUCAGCUCUGGGCCUGGACCCCUGCAGCCUCCUGGGACUUUUCUUCUUCCAACUGCUCCUGCUCCUGCUGUCACCAGCCACCACCAUGGAUAAUGGGAAGGGACCUAUGCCCAGAGUCAAAUACUAUGCAGGAGAUGGACGCAGGGCACUUAGCUUCUUCCACCAGAAAGGUCUCCGGGAUUUUGACACUCUGCUCCUGAGUAGCGAUGGAAACACUCUCUAUGUGGGUGCUCGAGAGGCCAUUCUGGCCUUGAAUAUCCAAGAUCCAGGAGUUCCAAGGCUGAAGAACAUGAUAUCUUGGCCUGCCAGUGACAGAAAAAAGAGUGAAUGUGCCUUAAAGAAGAAGAGCAAUGAGACACAGUGUUUCAACUUCAUUCGUGUCCUGGUCUCUUUCAAUGAUACUCAUCUCUACGCCUGUGGGACCUUUGCCUUCAGCCCGGCUUGUACCUUCAUUGGACUCCAAGAUUCCCACCUGCUGCCCAUCUUGGAGGACAAAGUCACAGAAGGGAAAGGCCAAAGCCCCUUUGACCCUGCUCACAAGCACACAGCUGUCUUGGUGGAUGGGAUGCUCUAUUCUGGCACCAUGAACAACUUCCUGGGCAGUGAGCCCAUCCUGAUGCGUACACUGGGAUCUCAACCUGUUCUCAAGACUGACACCUUUCUCCGCUGGCUGCACCCGGACGCCUCCUUCGUGGCAGCCAUCCCUUCGACCCAGGUUGUCUACUUCUUCUUCGAAGAGACAGCUAGCGAGUUUGACUUCUUUGAGAGGUUGCACACAUCCCGGGUGGCCAGAGUCUGCAAGAAUGACGUGGGCGGUGAAAAGCUGCUGCAGAAGAAGUGGACCACCUUCCUGAAGGCCCAGCUGCUCUGCGCUCAGGAGGGGCAGCUGCCGUUCAACGUCAUCCGCCACGCGGUCCUGCUGCCCGCAGAAGCUCCCUCGGUUCCCAGAAUCUAUGCAGUCUUCACCUCCCAGUGGCAGGUUGGAGGGACCCGGAGUUCUGCAGUUUGUACUUUCUCGCUCACGGACAUCGAGCGUGUCUUUAAAGGAAAGUACAAGGAACUGAACAAAGAAACUUCACGCUGGACCACUUAUAGAGGCCAUGAGACUGAUCCCCGGCCAGGCAGUUGCUCCGUGGGCCCUUCCUCUGAUAAAGCCUUGACCUUCAUGAAGGACCAUUUCCUGAUGGAUGAGCAGGUGGUGGGGGCACCCCUGCUGGUGAAGUCUGGGGUGGAGUACACACAGCUUGCCGUGGAGACAGCCCAGGGCCUUGAUGGACGCAGCCAUCUGGUCAUGUACCUGGGGACCUCCACAGGGUCCUUGCACAAAGCUGUGCUGAGUGGACACAGCACUGCUUAUCUGGUGGAAGAAAUCCAGCUGUUUCCUGACCCCGAACCUGUUCACAACCUGCAGUUGGCUCCCACCCAGGGUGCAAUAUUUGUAGGUUUCUCAGGAGGGGUCUGGAAGGUUCCCCGAGCCAACUGUAGUGUCUAUGAAAGCUGUGUGGACUGUGUCCUUGCCCGAGACCCCCACUGUGCCUGGGACCCUGAGUCAAGAAUUUGCCGCCUUUUGUCCAACCCCAACCUGAGCUCCUGGAAGCAGGACAUGGAGCGAGGGAACCCGGAGUGGGCCUGUGCACAUGGCCCCAUGGGCAGGAGCCACCGGCCUCAGAGCCGCCCUCAACUCAUUAAAGAAGUCUUGGUUGUCCCCAACUCCAUCUUGGAGCUCCCCUGUCCCCACAUGUCAGCGCUGGCCUCUUACCGCUGGAGUCAUGGCAAGGCGGCAAUCCCAGAAACCUCCUCUGCCAUCUACAAUGGCUCCCUCUUGCUGUUGCCUCAUGAUGGAGUUGGAGGCCUCUACCAAUGUGUGGCCACUGAGAACGGCUUUUCAUACCCUGUGGUUUCUUACUGGGUAGACAGCCAGGACCAGCUCCUAGCCAUGGAUCCUGAACUGGCUGGCGUUCCCCGAGAACGUGUGGAGGUCCCAUUAACCAGAGUUGGCGGGGCUGCCAUGGCCGCCCCGCGAUCCUACUGGCCUCACUUUCUUGUUGUCACCGUCCUCCUUGCUUUAGUGCUUUCUGGAGCCCUCAUCAUCCUCCUAGCCUCUCCGCUAGGAGCUCUCCGGGCCCGAGGCAAGGUCCAGGGCUGUGGGACUCUGCCCCCUGGGGAGAAGGCACCAUUGAGCAGGGAGCAGCGCCAACAGCCUCCCAAGGAACACAGGACCUCUGCUAGUGACACGGACACUGACAACAACCACCUAGGCACUGAGGUGGCCUGAAUUCUGGACAUAGGCUGGGCUGUUGAGAAGGGCAGGCCCCUGGCCAUGCUGGCUUCAGCAGAGGCACCCUGAGCAAUUCCCAGACAAAGCUGGGAAUGGCACAGAGACCACCUUGCUCCCAUGGCAGAAGCCAUUUCUACCACUCUGUGCCACUGAUAAUGCCCCAUAGGGCUAUACAUGGCAGCCUGCAUUCCCUGUGUCAAUCUUCCUUGUGCCAAGCACAUGGAAGGCUCUGUAACCCCAGCUGCCCUAGAUCUGACCCUGCCUUAUGACAGGAGGAGCUGGAGAGGAUCUUCUGGCCAUUGCUGAGACCUUAUUGGACACUUAACUGUCCCAGGAGACCCUGGAAAAACCACCAGUUCCAGGGCUUUUUGGUAAUAAGCGCAAAACAUCCCAACAGCAUGAGCUAAGAUGUCACCCCCGAAGACUGCCCUCUGAAAGCAGCUACAGCCUCGGACGCCAACUCCUCCCUCUCCUGGAGGUCUCUAGGGUCCUGAAGGAAGCUGUUCCCUCAUGUUCCCCUUGUCAACUAUGUGCUGCUGACUCCAACGAAGUCUUUCCUGAAGUCUGACUACCUUCCUUCUUGUUCCCGUUUGGGUAGAUUGUUACUCUUUCUGCCCUUCCCCCAACAGCAGGGGUCAUCUGAGCCUUGUUCACUCCUUUACCCUGGCAGACCCCUGGAACUGUUCAUUUCCCCUUCCCUUUGUUUUGGGAUUCAGAAAACAGCUUGUCACAGACAGUUUUAUUUUUUAUUAAAAAGAGAAAGCUU